AUGGCCAAUCCGUUCCAGAAUGGCCCGUCCGGCUUCAACCCAGAUAUAGGGAUAAACACCUUCCUCCCUCGGUAUAGGAAUUCGUCGUACGCGUCUGUCGUAUCCGGAUCUAGCCCGGGCAUGACGUUGACGUCGCAUCCGUCCCUCAACCGCCUCUCUUACCUCCUGAACCCCCCUUAUGAGCCGCCAUCCGACCUCUACGCAGCGCAUCCCUCGGCCCAGAGCCACAGCCACCACAUCGUGGACACAGACAUGAGUGGCAAUUCUUCAGAUGGUGGCGCACCUACCUUGCAAGGUGUUAUUUCUCAGUUACCUUCACAGUCGAGAGCAUACGGGCAGCUCAUGGGUAGCGGCACCGGCGACAACUUCUGGGCGAACGCUCAUAGGAGUAAUAGCUUCUUCACCCCGUCAUACCUCAGAGGCUCAAACUACAUGCAGAAGCUGGAAGAGGCAUACAGAGCUAGGCAAGCACAAAAAGAAACCCGGCAGCAGUCUGGAGCCGGGUUGACGUCGGGUGUGACGGCGGCGGCGGCGGCGGCGGCAGCAGCAGCAGGCUCGUCGGCAGCCAAGACGCCGGCCUCCCAUAUGGGUAUGACCUACAACCUGAUCGAGCGUGCGCCAACCACCCAAGAGGAGAGCUCAGUGGCGCCCUUGCCUACGCGGUGGAACGUGAACGAUAAGCAAAGCGGCCUGGAGGUUCUGGCGGACGGACAAGAGGUCAAGUAUGCGCCGAGCCGCAACUUGAGAGAGCAGGAGCACGAGACUUGCGCCGUCCGGGCAGACCACCCCAUGCCUUGGCAAGCUGGCAUAUACUACUUCGAGGUAUCUAUAUUGUCAAGAAGGCGAGACGAUGCGACAGUAUGCAUAGGGUUCUCAGCCAAAAAUGUUGCGUUAAGCCGGGCACCGGGAUGGGAGGCUGACUCGUGGGGCUACCACGGCGAUGACGGUGACGUUUACGCCGCGUCAACCACGGGCAAGACGUACGAGGGGGGGACCUUCGGGCCUCAGGAUAUCGUCGGAUGCGGUGUCAACUUCCGAACCCGGGAAGCCUUUUUUACCAAGAACGGCAAGGAAUAUCAAACCGCAUUUCGGGACCUGAAAGGGGACCUAUAUCCCACCGUCGGCAUGAAGAAAGGUGGCGAACACAUUCGUGUUAACUUUGGCCAAACACCAUUCGUAUUCAACAUAGACAAGAUGAUGGAGAAGGAACAAGGUCUCAUCAGGGACGCAAUCAGCUCGACAAGUAUCGAGAAGCUGGUAUCACCUCCUAUGGGCGAGACAGAACUAAUCCAACAACUCGUGUUACAAUUUUUACAACAUGACGGAUAUGUCGAGACAGCGCAGGCGUUCGCUAAGGAGAUCCAUGAUGAAAAGCAAACCCUCCAAAUCAACCAACAAACACCUCUACCAGGUGUCAAUAUAAAAGAUGACGAGGACGCUCAUUGCAUCCGGAGAGCUAUCCUCGAGGGGGAUAUCGAAAAGGCUGUGAAUUACACUUACACAUAUUACCCGCAUGUGUUGGACGAAAACGACGACGUAUCCUUCAAACUGCAGUGCCGAACGUUCAUAGAGAUGGUCCGAAAGUCUGCCGAGGUUAACUACCCGAGCUCCAAGAAGAGCAACGGCCAUGCCUUCGACGACGUCCUUGGCACUAUGGACGUCGACGAGAACGGCUUUGCAGACCGGAUGGAUGAAGACGGCGUGGAAUCACAGGCGGAUCAAGAUGACCUAUUGGUAAAGACGAUCCAGUACGGGCAGGCACUGCAAGCCAAGUUCAAGGACGACCCGAGGAGGGAGGUCAGCAGAACCCUCAACGAGGUCUUCUCGCUCCUCGCGUACUCCAACCCGCUCCACGUUAAGGAGAUUGCGCACCUGCUCGAUCGCAAAGGCCGGGUAGCCGUAGCCGAAGAGCUCAACUCGGCGAUCCUAUCAUCCUUGGGCAAGUCAUCGCGGUCAGCGUUAGAGAACCUGUACGGGCAAACGAGCGUGCUGCUGGACUACUUACGCGAGGAGGGCGGGCCCGGCUCGCUAGUCACCAUUCAAUCCGUCAUUGACCAAGUCCCCAAGUCGCAGCCAUUCUAG